AUGCUGCCACCCAGCAUCCAGAUCCACGAGGGACCUGGCCAAGUUGUUGUCAAGCUCGCUGACGGGAAACCACGCCGCGUAUCGCGGCGCGAAGUGUCGUUGCCGUACACGUUUGACGGCUUUCGCAGUAACGACAAUUUCUUGGUGAUUGAAAUGAAUUAUUCAUUCGAUUGCAUCCUGGGCAUGCCAUGGUUGGCACGCUAUAAGCCCCAGAUCGACUGGUUAGCCAGAUCAGUGAGACGUCGAAGCAAGUUCGACGUCAGCGAAGUGUUCACCCAUCUCUUGGUGUCUCCAAGUGAUUGGCCGAACGUUACAGUCGUGGAUCGUACAUCCACGACACCGGCGGUACACAGAGUGAGCGAUGGCCCUCUCUGUACCGCUUGUUCCGUGCCCCUACGCACGAGUGAUGAUGUCUCCUCGCUUUGCAGCGAGGAGUCCGACGUGGACGAGCAGUGGCUCCCGCGUAAUGACGACGCGGACGAGCAGUGGCUCCCGCGCGACGACGACGCGGUCGAACAGCGGUUCCCGCACGAGAGAGCAGUGGUCGAACACGAACAAGUGUUCCCACCUGCACCCAUUGUGGUCGAGCAGAGGCUCCCACAAGGGCAAGAUGUGGCCGAGCAGGGGCUCGCCACCGAGUGUGACGUGGAUGGACAAGAGUCCCCACGUGCGAACAUGAUGGUCGAACAGGGGUUCCCAUCGUCGCCUACUGUGGUCGAACAGAGUUUCCCACAUGAGCAAGACGUGGUCGAGCAGGGGCUCCCACACGAGUUUGUGGCGGUAGAGCAGGGGCUCCCGCAUCAUGCGUCGACGGACGAGUAUGGACUACUCCCGUCACGCGAUUUCGACGUCCUGGAUGAGGACAUCCAGCGUCUAGAGGGGGGUGCAGAUUUAACACCUGACUGCGGUUCGCCAGCUUCGAGCAUGGACUCGAAGCACGAUGGGGACGCAAGCUACGAGAACUCAGCGUUGGAAUGUGUCCACGCUAUUGUGUACGUGGACGGGAGUCCACAAAGGCGCCAAUACAUUGAGGUCGCGAGUCCACCUCGCGACGCAUCGUCGAUAACGAGCCUUCCAGGACUCUGCUGGAAGCAUUUUCUACGUGACCUCAAGGGAGGCACGGUGGAACAAGUAUGUCUGGUCAUCAACGAGGCUCUGCGCGAGUCUGGUAACCCUGUUUACGACAUUGCACGAGAGUACGCCGACGUGUUCCCGGACAAGAUUCCGGCCGAACUCCCUGCCGAUCGUGGCGUGCGGCACGAGAUUGAUCUCGUGACAGGAUCGAAAUAUUGUGUGACACGCCAGUGGCCGUUGCCUCGAGACCAAGUCGAGGCUAUUGAUGCAUUCUUUGAAGGUCGUCGCAAGGCCGGUCAUGUGCGUGAGAGUGUCUCACCCCAUUCGAGCCCAACCUUCUGCGUGAAGAAGGUUACGGGAGGCUGGCGUAUAGUGCAUGCGUUUAACAAGCUCAACGAUGCCACUAUUCCUGCCCAAACGCCUAUUCCCAGGAAAGACAUGGUUCUAAACUCCAUGUCAGGGGGUAGCGUCAUCUUCAGCGCCAUCGAUCUGACCGAUGGCUUCUACCAGAUCUUGAUGCGACAGAGUGACAUACCACUCACUGCGGUGUCCACCCCGAGUGGUAUGCUAUGGGAGUGGCUGGUGAUGCCACAAGGAUUGAAGAACGCACCAGCCACUUUCAAUCGCAUGGUAUCUCAAGUGUUGAGACCGCUUCGAGAAUUUGAUCCUAGCUACUUCGAUGACAUUUUUGUUCACAGUCGCGCUGAGGGCAACCUCAGUGCUGUCCAAGUUCACCUUUACCACCUGAAGCAGGUGUUUCAAGUCAUGCGAGAUAACAAGUUAUAUGCAAACUUGAAGAAGUGUGUAUUCUGUGCACCGGAGAUUCCGGUGCUGGGCUGCUACGUGAGUAAAUCGGGUGUUCGAGCCGAUCCAGAGAAGGUGUCGUCAAUCUGUUCUUGGCCCACACCCAAGAACCCUACGGAGUUACGUCAAUGGCUCGGUCUAGCUAAUUACUUGCAUAAGUACACAAAGGAUUACGCCGGUUCUAUACAGCCCCUGUCGUCACUUCUGAAGAAAGACGCCACGUGGUCGUGGCGUCCCGAACAUCAAGCAGCCUUUGACGCAGUGAAGAAGAGCCUGGCGUCGGCGCCAGUGUUGAUACUCCCUGACGACACCAAGCCGUUUCACGUGGUGUGUGAUGCAAGUGACUUUGCAAUUGGUUGCGCCCUCAUGCAGUUCGAUCAUGAGGGCCGUGAACGAGUCGUGAGCUACCAGUCACGACAGAUGAAGCCGGCAGAGAAGAACUAUCCGGUUCACGAUAAGGAACUGCUAGCGAUGCGCUAUGCACUCAUCAAGUUUCGUGUCCACCUACUGGGCGAACGCACGUUCGCCCUGUAUACUGAUCAUGCAUCGCUGCGAACAGCAAUGAAGAGCCCACACCUGUCACAGCGGAUGGCACGGUGGCUCUCUUUCUUCUCCGAGUACAACUUCGUCGUGCACUACAAGCCAGGCAAGACCAACAUUCUUGCUGACGCACUGUCACGACGCCCAGAUUACGAUCCUCGUAUGGCACUGAGUCGUCAGGCAACUGACGACGAAGAUGAAGACGAUCGAUGUGCGACGUGUGUGUCGUUGAAUCUAACUCGGGUCACACCCGAGUUAUGCCUUUUCGAUGAAAUUGUCGCGGCUUACGCGAACGACCCGGAUUACGCGGACAUUAUCGCCUAUCUGCGCGCUCCCAGUGAGGCUGCACUGGGAGCUCUUUCGCGAACGAAGCGUGAUCACAUUCAACGAUACAGUAUGGACGGUGAUUUGCUGUUAUAUAGCAUCGACAAAUUCGAUGCACCUCGAACGGUGAUUGCGAAUGACUUGGAUUUGCGUGCUCGUAUCAUCCACGAGUACCAUGAUGCCCCAAUUGGCGGUCAUCUGGGCCGCGAAAAGACAUUCGCGGCUGUCUCGCGUGACUUCUUCUGGCCCCACAUGUACAAAUGGGUUCGCAACUGGGUUCGCACCUGCGAAAUAUGUCAGCGCGUGAAGCCAUCUCCAUCGUCGCAGGCACCCCUGCGACCCCUGCCAAUUGCAGCUGAGGCUUGGAGCUCAGUCUCAAUGGAUUUUAUCUUCGGGCUUGCACCAGAUGGCCAAGACCGAACGGGUAUUCUGGUCUUUGUCGACAGAUUCAGCAAGAUGACACAUCUGGUGCCUGUUCAUGCAACGAUCACCGCGGCUGAGACCGCGGUGCACUUCAUUGACACUGUGUUUCGCCAUCACGGUCUACCAGACAACAUUGUCUCGGACCGUGAUCCUCGUUUUACAUCUGCUUUUUGGACGUCAUUGUUCGAGUUGCUUGGCACAAAGCUGCAAAUGUCGACAGCAGCCCAUCCGGAAACGGAUGGGCAAACAGAGCGAGUUAAUCGGGUCCUCGAAGAUGUUCUUCGAAGUUACGCAACGUCCUUUACAAGUUGGAGUGCAUUUUUGCCACUCGCGGAGUUUGCACUAAACAACGCGGUUCACGCGUCAACGGGGUUGACGCCAUUUUUUGCAAAUUCGGCCCGUCAUCCUCGUGUACCUACUCUUCUUGCCGUGGGUCAGCCCACGGCUCUUCGUGGCUCCACUCUGGCGGGGGGUGAUAACGAUAAACAACGAUCGAGUGAAGCUCACGGUAUUCUGAGCGCGAAUGUUGUCAACCAUUCCAAGGCGAAGUCUUCUGUUUCGACGCCACGUGACGUGGCGUCCCCGCUCGCUCAAUGGACUGCACAGACGCUGAUCGAUCCUUCUUCGAGUAUGCGAAACCCUAAAGCUAACUACGCGCCGAUUGAAUCGGCGCGACCAAUUGAUGACAUGGCUGUGUCAGAGUUUAUACUCCAACGUCAAGCCAUCACGAGGUUUGUACGCGAUACUCUUCGAUCUGCAGUGGAUAAACAGAAAGCGAAUGCAGACAAACGUGGAAGAAAGAACACGAGUACAUUCAAGAAGGGUGAUCGUGUAUUGUUAACUACCGAAGGCCUACGAGAUUCAGCAGCAAUCAAUCUAGGCGCGAGCAAACUCGCGCCACGUUUCAUCGGACCAUUCACGGUACUCAAGGCGAUCGGCGACGCAUACAAGCUGGCCAUCUCUUCGUCACUGCGACUUCACCCGACGUUUCACGUCGGGCGGCUCAAGGAGUACCGUCCAGAUACGCUUCACGGGUUGGCUCCGUCCUCGGAGUCAAAGGCUCAUAGGUCGACCUUCCCUCUCGCCUUGCUCGACGCGCCAGCGACAUCGGACGCGGCUGCGUCCCAGUCUGCGCGUGCCCAAGAACCUGGCGUUCCAGGUUCCGCAUCCGUUCAAGCAGCUCGCGGUUCGACUGUCAAAUCUCGUUCGCUGUUCUCUCAGCCCGCGCAGCUCGGUCAAGGGCAGCUUCAGCCUCCAGCUGGGCAUCAACAGCCUUGUUCACAGCCGCAUCUACAUCGUCCUGGGCAACCAGGACGCCAGCAGUACCAUCGUGAGGGUCCACCACCGCUUGUGGACGCGGAAGGCCAGAAGCGCUGGAUUGUGGAGCGUUUACUGGGUCACGAGGACCCUCGUCGCGAAACGACAUCGUCGCGACACCAUGAGCGCGCGGUUCCAACCGCGCGCAAGUAUCGUGUACGUUGGCUCGGGUUUCCACCCGAGCAGGAUACGUGGGAACCGCGCUCUUCGCUUCUUCGAGACGUUCCGGACGUCGUUCGGGCUUACGAGUCCCUGCACACGCUUGGUGCAGACUUGGUCGACGACCUGUGUGUUCUCGCGGUGAGCGAGAACGAGAUGCACGACGACGGUGUCGUGGUGAAGUGUCACCACGACUACGAGACCGAGAGCGAUUGCGAGAACGUCGUGGUGACGUUUCACCACGACGACGAGAUGAAGAGCGACGACGAGAACGUCGCGACGAGCGUGUAUCGCGACGAUCACGCGAACGAGAACUUCGUGGCGAGUGCAUGGCACCACGACCUCGAGAACGCGAGUGGUGUCGCCAGCGUGACGCGCCACGAUUAA